AAAUCUGCAUCUGUACCUACUGUACUGUAGUUUUUCAUGUGCGCAUUUAUUUUGUGAAUGAUUAAAAAAGCAACAAAUUUAUAAUGAAACAAUAAUUUUAUUUUUACCACUCAAUUCUAUUGAAAAUACUUGAUGAAGAUAAUCCAAAUAUGUACUGCUUAUUAGAGCACUAGGUAUUAAUUAAACGCGCGGCGUUCCCUUAGAUUGAUUUCAAAAUGGCGUCAGGACUCGAGUGUGUGUAAAGAUAGACGCGAUGGCAUGUGUGUUCAAAGUAGGCUAAAAAUAGAGGACGUGCAUAAAGCUAGUUGCAUAAAUUGUGAUGAACAAUGUCAAAUACAGUGAUUACUAACUAUACGGACCUCAAUGGACCGUCCACCAAAACUGAUAGUUCAGUGGUUGUUAUUGUAAACAAGGAUGGAUCCUUGUCGGUGGAUCAAAAUUUAUUGGGAACUCUUAUGGGAACAGAUGGAUCUCAAGCUGCUGGCAUAAGUGUUGUGCGAGUUGGCCAUGAAGGAAGACCAGACGAUGCUACAGAUUCAGAAAAUGAGGAUGAUAAGAUUCCUCAUGUCACAUUAUCUGUAGACAGUUACUAUGAUGAGCCAGAUAGUAUCAUUAAAUAUGAUAGUGGAGCAGAAAUGUUGCAGUCAUUAAGAAUAGAAACAAGAGAAAACAGCUUGUUGGGAUUCCAAAACGACCAUUGCUAUACACCACUUAAAUCACCCAGUCAGACUUUACCCCAGAGGAGUGAACAGUUCACAUUUGAUGACCCUGUAAUUGAAAUUACUCAUACGCCACCACCAAAACCAGCCACAACCCCAAAAAAGAUCACAAUUUUAGAGCAACAAAUAAUUCCCAAAGGAAAAAAGAUUGUUUUAAAUACAACAGAGCCUUCGAUUAUUAUAAAGGGUAAUGAUGUAUUGACUAAACCACUACCUGUAUUUACAAAGUCGAAAAUCUUAAGUGAGGUGGAUAAAACACCUGCAGUGGAGGAAAAUACAGAAUCAUCAUCAAUUAGCUCUUCAGGUGACAGCACAGCUGAUAGAGAUUCUGAUUCUGAUUAUAAAGAAACAAAGGAAAAAACUGCUUCAUUUAAACCCAGAAGGUUAAAAUCCAAACCCAGGAUAUUGAAAAGUGCUCAAGGUACAAAGAUUGUUAAGGCAGAUCUUAAAUUAGCACCAAAACUGAAAAUUAAUAAAACUAUACUAAGAAAAGAUAUUAAAGAAAAACUUUUAAGUAAGAACCCAUACUUGGAAAAAAAGCAACUGGAUUUAGACAAUUUGAUUCCUGCUACCACAGUAACAGCAACGUCUGUCACUGCUUCAGAUCAAAACAAGCUUGCACCUAAACUAGUACCCAAAGUUAUUAAAAAGGAUAAAAAAACUCCUGCACAUGUAUCAGCCUUGUUGACAGAUAUGACAUCACUGUUUUCAACACCUGAUGUUAUCAGAAGGGUUUCGACAGAAAAUAAAGUACCUAGCAAGUCAGAAAAAGAACCUGUGCAAUUAAACAGUAAACCCAAUGAUAGUAUUAAACCUGAAUCUAAUGAUGAAAAACCAAUCAUCACUCAAACAGUCCUUGAAGAAACGAAAGCUCCACCUAAAACUUAUGUUAGGCAGAUGAAAAUUGGUGCAAACAUUGCAGACAAAACUAAAGGUUACGACCCGAUGCCCCAACUGGAUGAUGCAAGCUUGGCUCAGAUAUUGCAGGACAAUUCACCACAACAGAUUAAAGUUGUGCCGAGUGUAUCUUCUGCUAAUAUUAUCAAUAGUCCUGGAUUGGCUGGUCCACUCUCACCAACUUUGGACAUACUAGCUGGUCUACAACCUGAAGAAGAUGGCUUAACUGAAGAUUUGCUGAUGCAUGUGGCACAAUUGGUAGAGAGUUCUGAAAAUUUGCAAGAAGUAAUUGAUAAACAAGUGUUAGGCAAAGUGGAAACUCCACAAAAAGCACCUUUACAUCAACUUUACCAACAAGCUCAAACACCCAGCAAUCUAUACACACCACAAAAGACUGUCAAAACGCUUGUUCCCCGUAAAGAUCCUAUAGAAAUUGUUCGACGAGAUGGGAGAGUCAUUACAUUGCCACCUAUAGAAGCGCCAGCCACUAGAUCAUCUAAGAGAAAAACCCAACAGGACACCUCAAACACAGGAGAGAGUAUGGUAAUUCCAGUGACCACACCAACUCGUCCCACUGUGGUUACUCCUGAACCAAUAGUGCAUCAUGUUGCUAAGCAGUACACAAAUAAGAAAUUGACAAAUAAAAAGCAAGAAACAGUAGUGCAGGCUCCACCUAUUGAGAAAAUGGCAGCAGAAUCUCAAGAAAGCUGGAAUUCAGAAGAUGAUCCUAACAGGCUAUGGUGCAUAUGCAAGCAGCCGCACAACAACCGCUUCAUGAUCUGCUGUGAUGGCUGUGAGGACUGGUUCCACGGCAAGUGCGUCAACAUCACCAAGGCAAUGGGGCAGCAGAUGGAAGAGCAGGGCAUCGAAUGGAGGUGUCCCAAUUGUGUUAAGAGAACCCCUGCCAGAAAGAAUAUUGCCAAGGUGCCCACAAUGGCAAAGGAUAACGCCGGAGUAAGUACACCACAACCUGCUAUCACAAAAGAAUUAACCUCAAAAACUACUUGCAUUGUUUGUAAGAAACCCGCACGAGCUAGUAGCAUAUACUGCAGCGAUGCAUGCAUACUCAAACACGCGCAAGACUCUCUCGGCAGCACGCCUGCCUCCAAACCACAAGACAAACCCACUGAGUCCAGGGUUAUUGUCUAUGAACGAAAAUCGGGAAGACUUCUUGCAGGACCUAAUGCUCCCACAGCAGAGAAUCUUAAAAUAUGGCUUCAAAAGAAUCCAACAUUUGAAGUCGUUCGUCCUGGCACUUUGACUGCCAUCAAACCCAAUGUUAUAAGAAAAAAACCAACACUUGAGCCAAAUAAAAUCCAAACUACACUCAACUUCGCAAGAAUUCCAAGAAAAUCUGUGGAACAGUCGCCGCAGAUGCUGGAAGCUAAAACCCCUCAAGCCGAACCCAGAGAGAGAAUGGUAAAAACGCUUCUGCCGUCGCCGAGAGAAGAAGUGAGAGUCACACAGAGGCCUAAGACUCCCGUCACACCAAAGCUCCAGCAGCAACAAUUAUUUGACACUCCAAAGUCUUCGAACAAAGUUGCAAAUGAACCUAAGAAAAUAGUUCGCUCAACCUUAAGCAGAUCGCAGUCAUUCACUGAAAAGCCGCCGGCAGUAACGCCGUCCACGUCCCGACGCAAGGAUUCCACGGACAAAAAACCAAGAAUGAGUUCAGAGGACCCUAUUCGUGACAAUGUGAGGAAAUCAUUACAAGAACAGAUCUCCAUACGAAUGGCCGAGAGUGAUGGACCGAAAUUCAAGGAAGAGGAAAUCCAAAGGUUCGCGAACGAAACUGAGCUCGAACUGCAUGAGCUGUUCAAUAGAGAUGUGGGCAUGAAGUAUAAAGCCAAAUACAGAUCGCUUAUGUUCAAUAUCAAGGACCGCAAGAACUUGUCACUGUGGGAGAAGAUUCGGAAACGAGUGAUAACACCCAAGCAAUUGGUAAGACUUUCGCCGGAAGAAUUGGCAAGUCAAGAAUUGGCAGAAUGGAGAGAUCAACAAGAAAAACAUCAAUUGGAACUAAUUAAGAAAUCAGAAAUUGAUCUUUUAGCGGCGAGCAAAACAUAUGUUUUAAAAACGCAUAAGGGGGAGGAGGUAAUGGAAACAAAGAAAUCAGUAUCAACAGAGUUGGAUCCAAACGUGCCAGUGGAAGAUUUGGUUACAGCACUCAAUGAUGCAGUUGGUGAUGGUUUACCGCCCGAUGGCACUGCACAGUCAGAAGAACCGGCUAAAAAAGAUGUACUGCACAAGAAACACGGCAGCGGCAAAAAGAAAGACAAAGAAAACGGAACCAGUUUAAGAAAGAAAGAAAAGGAAUCCAAGAGAGAUUUGGAAAAAAAGAAAUCCCGAUCUUCUAGACGGAAAUCUGAGGUUAAAGAAAAGGAGCGUCGUUCAUCGCGCCGGUCCGAAAAGAAACCCAGCCGGUCGAGAUCCAAGUCGAAAGAGAGGACUAAAACAGAAGUGACCAAGGAAAAAUCUGUUCCUAGGGAACGUUCACGGCACAGGUCACGAUCAAGAGCCAAAUCUAAGCGACGAUCCAGAGAACAUUCCAGGUCUACUUCCCGAAACCGGGGCAGGUCGCGGUCGCUGCGGCGCUCGUCCCGGCGUUCCGCGUCGCGGGACAGCUUGAAGCGGCGCGCGUCGCGGGACGAGCGCGCGCGCGACAAGCGGCGACGCAGUUCCGAUGACAAGCCGAAACACCGCUCGCGGUCGCAGGAGGCUGUUUACAAUAAGAGCAAGAAUGAUUCCACAGAUUCGGAUUCAAUAGAGAGGCCGAAAUCUGCUAUGAUGAAGGAAAUACACCCUGAAUAUGAUCCCCACGAGCCAAUGAUAACUUCAGCGUUUUCCGAGGAGGAUCUAAGGAAGUCCCGUGAAGAUGUGUAUGAGGACAGUUAUAAGAACGAAAUAUCGGAAUAUGGCAACGUCGAUUAUGACGCAACCAAGUCAUUCUCGAUUAACACGAAUGACGGAAAUGUGACUCUCUCACCUCCUAAAUAUUUAGAGAAACAAGACAAAAUAUCAGCAGAAGCUGAAAGUGACCAGGAGCCAACCAGUACGGUGGAACACUCUGCAGCAACAGUAUGGAAUGGUUGCAUCAACAUGGUAGAUGUCGCUAGAUUCUACGUAGCGGCGCACGAGGUAUCCGGCAAUGCUCUAGACCUAGAAGACGAUCUCUCGCCAGAGCUGGACAUAGUGGGCAGAAUCAACCCAGACACAGUGUGGGAUUACAUCAGCAAGAUGAAGAGAGCUAGUAACAAAGACAUUGUCAUAUUGAAGCUGCAAGCUGCCAAUGAUGAGGAGAAAAUGCAGUACAUUGCACUGUACAGCUAUCUUAGCAGUCGUAAUAGAUUGGGCGUAGUGAAGGUGUCGAACACGGCGACAGUCAAAGAUUUGUACAUAGUCCCUGCGCCCGCCAACACGGCGCUGCCGGCGGUCCUGCUGCCGCUGGACGGGCCCGGCCUCGGCGAGCUGCGCACGCAUCUGCUGCUCGCCAUCAUCAUCCGCCAGCGCAAGAAGCGCGCCGCCGCCACCAAGCACCAAGAUAUCGUGCCCGCCAAGGUGGCGCGCGAGUCCCGCAAGAAGUCGUACACGCCGCCGCUGUCGCCGCGACAACGCGCGCCGCGCGCGCUGCCGCUGCCUACCUACACCACGCCCGCUCUCUCCAAUUCCGUCAAGGAUAAGAUUGCUGCCUCAUUGGCGGCGGCGGACGUGGAGGAGGCGUACAGCCCCGGCUCGUCGUCGGGCAGCAGCGCGCCGGGCGACACGCUGCGUACCAAGAUGGAGGAGCUCAACCGCCAGAUCGAGGAGCAGAAGCAGCAGAUCCGCAAGAUGGCGCAGGCCGACUCCUCGCAGCCCGGGGAGAACGAAGCGUAUUCUCCAUCGCGGCCGCUGACCCCGCCGUCGCCUGUUGUCCCGUUAGCAGAUAUUGCUCUACCUUCAAAUCUUCAAGAAAUUCUUGCCACUAUCAAGCAGCGCUCCGAAACAAGUACAGAUAUUCUACCGAGUACAGAUGUCGACAUGCGUACAUUACCACCUUUACCCUAACUCAUGUUCGUACAAACUUUGUAUUUAUCAAUAUAGUUAUAUUUUAUGCAGUGCAGAAUAGUAGUAGAUAUAAUGGAUAAAUCAGUAGCCUUAAUAUAUUAUACAUUUCACUUCAGAGACACCAUGAUCUUAAUAAUUCUUUUAUUUGAAUAUUCUCUCUUUGUGUAAAUGGUAUGGGAUACAAGAUUGAAAAAUAAUAUGCUAAGCAUAUUGCUAGUUGAUUGAAGGACUUGGUUUGUUGUGUGCAAUAGGCAUUUUAAUAGAUUCUAUGUUAAAUCAUGCAUUCUAAGUAAUUUACUAAUACAUAAGUGUAGUUUAUAAUUUAAAUCACACAUUUCAAAAUUUCCAGGUUAAGUAUUUGUGUAGAAUAGGUAUAAUUUUUUAUUAAGUAUGUAUUCUGUAACACUAUGUGUCUUCAUAUAGAGUUGUUUAUAUUAUAUUGUACAAAAUUAGACUAUUCUUUGAAAUGAAUUAUCGAAAUCCUUUAUUGUAAAGGAAAUAAUAUACAUUUUUGAGACUAAGAAAAAAUAAAACUAUGAAAUAAAGAUUUAAAAUAUUU